CGCCAGCCAGAAGGAUUCAUUACAGUUGGUACACUUCAAACGUUGACAGCAACAGUGUGAGCACUACAGCAGUUGCAGAAACACCCAUCUCCAAACUCAUCUCCAUCUCCAUAAAAUGGCAGCUCGUGCAGCUUACUUUGUGUCGGUUUUAGUGCUAGCAACGAUCGGUUGGCAGUGUGUGGAGGCUCAAAGCAAUCCGUGGCGCCGACAGAACGACAGCUUUGCGACAGAAUCCGCCAGCGAUCGUAGCCAGCGACUUGGGCUAACCACCGGCUACGGUGGCGUCAACGGGUACGGUUACUCCAGCUCCGGCCUCGGUUCCUACACUCCACUCAAGAUCGAUCUCGGCGGUGUCGUGCUCGGUACGCUCGUCGGUAUCGGUGCGCUGCUGCUGCUGCCCAAGCUGGUCAACGUGAUCGGCGGCGGGUACGGUGGCUCCGGACACUACCGUAGCGCGGACAGUGACCCGACCGGCAUCAGCGAUCUGAUGAACAAGGUGGACGACUAUCUGGCCCAGAACAACAUCGAUUCGGGCGCGUGCAUGCAGAAGGCGGUCUGCAGCUACCUGCGCUCGUCCGACUACCACGCCCAGGUCGGCACGGCCGAUCAGGUGGAGCACAUGAUUUUGGCGCUCUCGGAAAACUCGAUCAUUGAUUACAUGCUGGACGGAACCGCCAUUAAGGAAGCGAUCAAGAACGGGAAAAUGCAAACGGCCCGAUCGUGCGACGAGAUCUACUCCACCUGUCCGCUCGAUCGCCAGUCGACACUGAAGCUGUUCAAGAAGAUGUUCCCGAUCGGCAACUAAGACCAACAGCUAGCAGGCAGCAGGCGGGCCUCUGCCGCAUUGCAGUCGGGGAUGUUUCGUUUGCGUUUCACAUAGUGGAAGCGGUUCGUGAACGGUUUGCAAAACAGAUGUAGCCAAUCUGCGCUGUAGCCCACGCUUCAAACGGAACCGACCGUUUGUUGGAAGGGCUUAUUUUUAGCAUUUUCCCACAGCGCAAGGAAGCACAGGGUGCUGGAAGGGCCUGAGGGUGACCUCGGUCCUCCAUGUGAGACGAAACGAAACAUCGGUGACUGCAACAGCGGACAGGAACGGAGCCAGUCUGUUGAUUUGCGUGACCCUGGCAAGGGGAAAGCGAUGAUCGUUUUAGAAAUUAGAACAACGCAACGGGAAAAAAGGCCACGACACCUACAUAAGCCGCAUACCGUUACCAUCUAGCAUAAGCAUACACUUACACGAGGGAUCUGUUUCUUAUUUAAGCUAAUAUUAUAUUCGUUCCUCGACCUUACCUUACCCAGUCGGGAGCGAAGUUUUUUUUGUAAUGUUUCUUCUGCAUUGUGGGGUGUAUAGUCGCGUGGUUUUGGGGGAUGUAUUUCAGCGUGGUUGUAAAUACUAUGUACGACAUU